AUUUUUCCUGGGCGGCUAUGCCUCGAUUGGCUGCCUCAUUUUAUGUUUCCGCCCUCUCCGGCUUCUGGUUCAACAUCAUUUAGAAAAGCAGGGGCUGAUGGUGAUUGGAAUAUGUAUGUUUGACAGCAUCACUUUUUAGGGUGUGUCCUUGGAGCACCUCGCCAUGGAAAGUAUACGCUGGGCAUUUUCAUACCGCACCUGGGCCCCUUGCUGUGAGGAAUGGUUGUUAGCCAUGCGCCUUGUGCAGCCUGAAGAGAAAAAGCGCAUUGAACAGUUCGUCUUUGGUCGGGAUGCCAAAGCUGCUAUGGCUGGCCGCCUGAUGAUAAGAAAAUUGAUUGCGGAAAGGCUGAAGAUUCCUUGGAACAAAAUACAGUUACAAAGGACUUCACAAGGCAAACCUGUCCUUGUAAACGCAUUAAGCAGCACCCAGUCCAAUUUCAGCUUUAAUGUUUCUCAUCAAGGAAAUUACACUGUACUGGCAGCUGAACCUGAUUGUCAGGUUGGCAUUGAUAUCAUGAAGACUACGAUGCCAGGAAGCGGUUCAAUUCCUGAUUUCUUUCAGCUUAUGAAACGGCAGUUCACAGAAGAAGAAUGGCGAGUUAUCAAGUCCAUGAAGAAUGAAUGGCUUCAGUUGGAUAUGUUUCAUAGGCAUUGGGCAUUAAAAGAGAGCUUUGUGAAAGCCAUUGGUGUUGGAAUAGGAUUUGACCUUCAAAGGAUAGAGUUUAAUGUGUCCCCAGUGGAGCUGGAAGAAGGAAAAACAUACAAUGAAACCAUUGUACUUUUGGAUGGUGAAGAAGAAAAGGAGUGGACGUUUGAGGAGACCCGGUUAGAUGAUGGCCACCAUAUUGCAGUUGCUCUUGGAAAAUCAGGAGAAUUUGGAAAGUACCACUCUGGGAUGAUUCCCAGCAAUAAACCUGCAUUUGCAAUACUGACUUUCAAUGAUUUAGUUGCCUCUGCUAUUCCUCUUACACCAGAAGACCCUGCUUGCUGGGAAAUUUUUUGUUCUAGGCAGGAAAUGCCAACACGACAGAGUUGCAGUCCAAGAUGAGAAAAGCUGGAUUUACUGAAAAAAGAAAUUGAAAGCCUUCAGAGGCUGCAAAUUGUUAUUUUACAAUCUCAUAAAUUGCCAAAAUGUUUAGCAAAAAUUGGGUUGGGGGUGAGAUUGGGUGCCAAUAAGGAAGAGAGGAAAGACUAGAGAAUCACUAAACUAUUUUUAAUUUUGUCCCUGCCUUACUUGCAAUAAUAGUGCUGCAGGAUAUCAUAUUUAUCCUGAUGCUAUUGUAUCUUUCAACAGGUUCUGCCAUCUCUUUUUUAUUUAAUAAGAGAGGAAAUUAGGUAGCAUUUUAGUGUAUUGUAACUUUUGUAGUUUCUCCCUUAGAGAAUACAGAUUAACACAAUGCAAUGAGAACUUGGAGUUCUAGCCCAAAAGCCUGCUCUAGUAGGAGGCCCUAUACCAGGGGUGUCAUACUCAAGCCCCAGGGGCCAGAUCCAGCCCACGGGGUGCUUAGAUCUGGCCUGCACUUUGCAGAUGAUCUAGCAUUUAUCAUAGAGGAACCCCUAGAAACUGGACUAAAACUAUUGGAAGAUAUACACCAAUUCAGUAAAGUGGCAGGGCUUAAAAUAAAUAAAGAGAAAACUAAAAUAUUAAGAAUUUAACUAAAAGACAAAAUGAAGAACUAGAGGAGAAACUGGGAAUUUCGAGGGCUAAGAAAAUUAAAUAUUUGGGAAUAUGGCUAUUGGCAAAAUGUAUUACAAUAAAAGAAGAUAAUUACAACAAACUGCUACGACAGAUUCAAAAAGAUUUGGAUAAUUGGACUGAACUACAGAUAUCACUAAUUGGCAGAAUCUCAACAAUCAAAAUGAAUAUACUACCCAAAUUACUUUAUUUCAAACAAUACCGAUUAAAUUAGAGAUAUUUUUUUUCGAACAAGUAAAUAAAAUGGUAUCCAAAUUUAUCUGGUCAAAUUUAUCUGUGUAUUAAAUACAAACUUCUACAAGAUAGUAGAAACAAAGGGGCGUUUGGCCUCCCAGAUUGGGAGCUUUAUUAUCAGGUGGCAGCCCUAACAUGGCUAAAGGACUGGAUCCAACUAAAAAAUAAAAGAAUCCUUAUGCUAGAAGGACAGGAUCUCCAACUAGGCUGGCACGGCUUCCUCUGGGAGGGAAAGAAUAAAUUUCAUUCCUACUUUCAGAGACAUAUAGUAAUGGAUGGGGGGGGGAAACACUACCUGAAAAUCCCAAUCUGGUUAUCAACAAUGGAGUCAAUG